UCGAUUUAUGUCAUUUCCUGUAAUAUCGCAACGAGUCGCGAGCGGAGUGUACCACGGCCCUUCUGUUUAAUAAUUUAUAAGAAAUUUGUGAAAAAUGUCGCUGAUCUCCGCUCGCUUGGCCUCCUCGGUGGCCAGGCGUAUGCCUAAUGCCGCCACCCAGGUUUCGAAGGUCGCCGUACCAGCGGUGGCGGUGGCAUCGCGCAAACUCCACGUCUCGUGCACACAGAGGGCUGCCGAAAUCUCCACCAUCCUGGAGGAGAGAAUCCUUGGUGCCGCACCCAAGGCCGACUUGGAAGAAACUGGCCGUGUGUUGAGCAUUGGUGACGGUAUUGCCCGUGUGUAUGGACUCAAGAACAUCCAGGCUGAGGAGAUGGUGGAAUUCUCCUCCGGCCUUAAGGGUAUGGCUCUUAACUUGGAGCCUGACAACGUUGGUGUGGUAGUGUUUGGUAACGACAAGUUCAUCAAGGAGGGUGACAUUGUCAAGCGUACCGGUGCUAUCGUAGACGUGCCAGUGGGCGAGCAGCUGCUGGGCCGUGUGGUCGACGCCCUGGGUAACGCCAUCGACGGCAAGGGCCCCAUCGACACCAAGUCCCGUAUGCGAGUUGGUAUCAAGGCCCCCGGUAUCAUCCCGCGUGUGUCUGUGCGCGAGCCUAUGCAGACUGGUAUCAAGGCUGUAGACUCCCUUGUGCCAAUCGGUCGUGGCCAGCGUGAGCUGAUCAUCGGUGACAGGCAGACCGGCAAGACUGCUCUGGCUAUCGACACCAUCAUCAACCAGCAGCGGUUCAACAAGGGCGACGACGAGAAGAAGAAGCUGUACUGCAUCUACGUCGCCAUCGGACAGAAGAGAUCUACCGUCGCUCAGAUCGUGAAGAGAUUGACUGAUGCUGGUGCCAUCAACUACACCAUCAUCGUGUCGGCGACGGCGUCCGACGCGGCGCCGCUACAAUACCUGGCGCCCUACUCCGGCUGCGCCAUGGGCGAGUUCUUUCGCGACAACGGCAAGCACGCGCUCAUCAUCUACGACGAUCUGUCCAAGCAGGCCGUGGCCUACCGUCAGAUGUCUCUGCUGCUGCGUCGUCCCCCGGGUCGUGAGGCUUACCCCGGUGAUGUGUUCUACCUCCACUCCCGUCUGCUCGAGCGUGCGGCUAAAAUGUCCGACAAGAUGGGCGGCGGCUCGCUCACCGCUCUCCCAGUCAUCGAGACCCAGGCCGGAGACGUGUCCGCCUACAUUCCCACCAACGUGAUCUCCAUCACAGACGGCCAGAUCUUCUUGGAGACUGAGUUGUUCUACAAGGGUAUCCGGCCAGCUAUCAACGUCGGUCUGUCUGUGUCGCGUGUAGGAUCCGCUGCCCAGACCAAGGCCAUGAAACAGGUGGCUGGUUCCAUGAAGCUGGAGUUGGCGCAGUACCGUGAGGUGGCCGCCUUCGCGCAGUUCGGCUCCGACUUGGACGCCGCCACGCAGCAGCUGCUCAACCGCGGCAUGCGGCUCACUGAGCUGCUCAAGCAGGGCCAGUAUGUGCCAAUGGCCAUUGAAGAACAGGUCGCGAUCAUCUACUGCGGUGUACGUGGUCACCUCGACAAACUGGACCCAACCAAGAUCACCGCCUUCGAGAAGGAGUUCACUCAACACAUCAAGACGUCCCACCAGGGUCUGCUCAGCACCAUCGCCAAAGACGGCCAGAUCACGCCAGAAUCAGAUGCAUCCCUGAAGAAGAUCGUCAGCGAAUUCCUCGCCACCUUCCAAGCGCAGUAACCGCUUAGUUACGAUCAACCUUAAGAUUGUACACGCAAUACUUUCAAGGAAUUGUGCGUACAGUUUCAAGCAAGUCUGUUAUAUUAAGUGACUGCUCACUGAAGCAUACUAUCCCAUGAAUACUGAAUACAUUUAAUAAAAUUACAAACAUUUCACUAUUUUAUUUAUACAACAUGUUGUAGGCACAUGUAAAUGAUCAGUAUUCUGCCAUUUGCUCGAUAGAUAAUGCUUCAGUCAGCAGACUGUUUAGUAGUGUAUCAUUCGUAUGGACUGUACUGAAUGUGAAUUCAAUCAUGUAAUGUAUUUAUCUCGGAGACAGCAGUGGUUAUAUAAUUAUAUAUAAAUAAAAUGAUUAUUUA